AUGGGCUCACGUCCUGCCGCUGUUCUGCUGUUAAUAUUCGUCUACCUCGCAAGUGGAAAUGAUGAUAUUCUGGAGCAAAAAGGUCGAUUUAUGGAGGCCGGAAUGGACCCGACUGUUGAUCCGUGCGAAGACUUUUGGAGCUUUGCCAACGCAAAUUUGAGUUCCGAUGUGUACGUCGAAUUCAUUGCGAACAGCCUCGUAAAGACUCUGGUUGUUCGUCCAGGAAACAGAAGGGUAAAAUUGGACGUUCAAACGAUUUUCCGUCCCUGUCUGUGACAUGGUUGAAAUGAAUAUUCGGGAGAUGUUAAGCCCAUUUUCUUGAGGCGCUCUUGCAUUUGGUAAUCAAAAAAUCCUGAAAAUUCAACAGUCCGCAGACAGUUUCAACGUAUGACCAUACGGUGUUCUGGCUCAGUCAUGGACUUGCUUCCAUAAUUGGGCCCGACUAGACAUGGCUCGUCGGCCGGCCCGGGCCUAAAAUCUCGGCCCGGCCCGUCGGCCUGAAGGGUUCCGGCCGGCCCGGGCCGUUUCAAAUUUUCCGUCGGUCCGGCCCGGCCCGUUCUAAAUUUGCUUUGGCCCGGCCCGGGCCGGCCCAUUGAAACGAAUGUCUCCCCAAAUCUAACUCCUUAUGACCAAAUUUUUUUCUAUCAUCAUGUAAAUGGAUAAAUACUGUGUUCCAUAACUAUCUAAAAACAAAAAUACCUUUAAAAAACCAAUUGUGUCUUCAAACCCAAUUUUCGCUUCGAGAUUCUGGAUUUUAACUAUUCCGGGCCGGGCCGAGCCGGGCCGAAACGCCGGCCCGGCCGACCUGAAAUCCGGCCGACGAGCCGAAAUUUCGGCCCGCGGCCCAGGCCGGCCCGGCCCGGGAGCCAUGUAUAGCGAGAGGUUUUCCGCCCACAGCCCAAAAUUGGGAAGUUAAUUUUUACAUAUCCUGAAUCAGAAAAGCUUUGCGAUAUCUUUUUGUCUCGACUUGUAAUCCAUACCCCGUAUCAGUACUUUCCUUGUGAAUAUUUUUUUUUGGUUUGCCAAAGAAAGACUAAAAGAAUACACCCCGGUCCUUCCUUGAAUAUAUUAUGUUUGGCAAACCGAAAAAAAUUACUUUAAGAAAGAACUUCUUGCUCCUCGCUUAUCAUAUCAUCCCUCCUCAAGGUGCCCUCUUCGCCCAGGUGCCCUCUUCGGAUCCAAUUUUUUUUAAAAAACUUCAAACAGUCUGAAAGAUCCCAUCAGUAAUAGUCUUGGUGUCUUCUAAACUACAUAUGUUGUCAUCAUUCUUCAGGACAGGGUUGUGGAAGCUCUCAGGAAAGAGUGGGAUGCCUGCCGCGCUAAACCCGAACAGUAUCAGCGUGAAUUGGACCUUCAGGUGGAAAGCGACUCUCUUCAACGACAGGAAAUCGAAGACCAAAUUAAAAGACUCUCCAACAAGUCCUACACUACGGAUAACAAAAUUUACGGAAAGCAUUUGAUUAAUAUCCACAGAGUUCUGUUCAAAUACGGAUCUAACGAAUUUUACGAGAAUUUUGCCCAUUUAGCAGCUUUUGAUGUGAUAGCGCUCGGAUCUGGCGAUCCAUUCUUCGAACUCCACGAUAUGCGCAUAAUUUUUGGCGAGGAAAUUGAUAUGAGGCAGAUUAGUCUGGCAAUGCUGAAUGGUUACAUGAAGGUGAGUUGGUUAACAAGGGCAAUCUGAGCGUCGCACUAAAGGGUACUUCCCUUGUAAGGUUAGCUUUGCUGAAAAUCGUUUGAACAUGGUGCCCAAACAAGAAGUUUGCGUUGCAGAGAAUAAAAUUUUACGAGACCUAUAUAAUGUCAAUUUUCAGCCGGAAGAUAGGAUCCGUUCCAUGGACUUGUACAUUCACCGAUUGAACCAAACUUUGCACAACUCGGAAAGUGGCUGUUUCGGCCUACUUCUUAACAAUUAUCCAAUGUUUAUAAAAAAAAUGCUCCACGAUUACUAUGGUCAGGCUUAUGUGGACCAAACCUCUUCCCAAUUUCGUGACGAUCUGGACACAAUUUCCAAAACGGCUGAAACUUUCAUCGCAAAUGGCAAUGUUCUGAGCGAAGAAACGAAGGAAAAAAUGCUGGAAAAUUUGAAGAAUAAUACUUUCUACCUGAUUGACCAUCCAAUCUUUGAAGACGGGACAUUCGAACGGUUCUUUGGCAAUGUUACCUUUCACAAACCAGCGCAGAACCGGAACAUCAACAACAUCUUGCCAUUGAUUCGUGCAGCGGCCGGAAAAUCGCCGACUUUCUACUUUACCUCCGAUUAUGAAGUAGGCCUUGCUGUCUUUUCAAAUUGGCAAGCGAAGUGUUAAAAAUUGAAAUUUUUCUUGACAAUGAGGCCAAUUUUGGCUCGUCUUGAUAUAGUACAGGGUGUCCAGAGAAAUUCCGCGGAAAGUUUUUGUCGAUUUCUCGGCGCUCAGCUAAGAUGUCCAAGAAAUUCUUUUUGCACUAGAAAGAAGAAGAUGGGCGGUUUUUUGUCUAAAAAACUUUUUUUGUCCGCCAACGCGGAACACACUAUAUUCGGCGCAGACUUUUGGUCGCUUUUUUGGUCAUCACACCAAUGUUAAAAGCUUUAAUACGAUUUCUGAUGGCUAGAAAGAGAAUUCUAGCUAAUUUUUAUGGUUAUCAAACAUUCGGCGAAGGUAUGGCGGACGCUUCGCAUAUCGGCGGAGACCACAACUCAGCUUCGGACAGGAGAUGUCCCGAAAAUUAUCUGGCUAGCAUUCCCUUCUGAUUCCAUAUGCCCUCCAAAAUUUUGUGGCCUAGCCUUCGCAGAAGUUUAGCCAUCAGCAAACCACUUGGUGCACCAGAAAAGACCAAAAUAUUUUUUGUUUAAAUUUCUCUUUUCUCCGCUGUUUCAAAUCUCCGCACGGUGCUAUCGGCUUUACCGCUGUUGACGCGACUGCAGGGUGCAGUGUAGUUACAAAAGUUUUCUCUUUGCAGCCUUAAAUUACAUAAUGUGUUGGAAUUACCUUUCAAAAAUUUGCAGGACAAUGCAUACCACGCUAGUAGAACUCAUCGCAACUUCUUUCAUUGGCCUUUUCUUGUAUUCCCGGCGUAUCAUCCGUCCUAUCCGGCAGCUCUUCGGUUCUCUGGUACAGGAUUUAUCGGUACCCAUGAAUUGGGCCAUGACUUCGGUAAGGCGUGACAUCAACGACCAAACUUAACGGCUUUAGAAGAGAUUGAGGCAAACGGCGAGUUCAGCGCGCUUGCUGACUGCCUUUCCGAGUACUACGCCCACAACUGCAAUCCCGAACAACCAGAGAUUUGCACUGACCCCAAAAACAGCAUCGGCGAGAAUUUCGCGGAUUACUUUGGAAUUCGCAUGGCCUAUUAUGCUUACAAGCGAGCUGCCGCUGAACAAGGAGUUGGGAGAAGGCCGCGCGGGACGAUUUUGGACCGCCUCUCUGAUGAUCAGCUGUUUUUUGUCAACUUUGCACAAACUAUGGCUGCAUUCAGUAGGUGGAAUCAAAAGUCGGCCGAAAAGGUACAUUCCCCGGCCCCAGUCCGGCUUUUGGGUGCUCUCUCCGGAUUUAGAGCGUUUUCGAAUGCUUUCAAUUGCCCGGCAGGGAGUAAAUUCCAUCGCAAAGAGCAUUGCAAAUUAUAUGAUACGGAUGUCAAGCCCAAUCUUAAUUUGACUUACAAUUGA